CUCUGCUCUCUCUGUCUUCUGCUUCUUCUGGGUCUCUCUGCCACAGCUCAUAUCAUAUCAGCCUACUAGCUACUCUCUCUCUCUCUCUUCUGCCACCACUCCAUUUAUUCUCUUUUCCUUUAUUUUCAAUUUUCACAUCACACAGUUAUUGAAAGGGACAUGGCAAGAGAAAAUUAAAGGAAGUGGCUUUGGCUUUCUUUUUGCUUUUUAAAUUUCGAGGAAAAAAGUCCAUUAAUUAAAAAAAAAAUUUGAAGAAAGGGGCAAUGGAUUAGCCACCUGGCCUUUCAUUUGCCAUUGGCUGUUUGUUUUUUUCUGUUUGCUUUCUCUUUCACAUACAAAACCCACAAACGAAGAAACACGCACUCUAUCUCUCUGUGGGUUGGUGUCUGGAAAAAAAAUUCUCCUUCUACACAAAAAAAAAUUAAAAAAAGAAAAAGAAAAAAUUUCUUUCUUUGGUUGAGAUAAAGGCCACAGCAAAUUUGAGACACCCCCUUUCCCUUCCUUUCUUUGCCUUUCAUAUAUCAGUAUUCAACAAUCAAGCGCCUUCCGCCCCUCCCCAACUUGGGUUUGGAGAAACAAAAACAAUACCCAGCUGAUGAAGGAGAGUGGAGGCUCUCUUGGUGGAGAGAGCCUGCCCAGUGAGAAGAAGAACAAUAACAGCAACACUAACAACGAAGAGGGAGAAGAAGAUCAACCAAGACUGCUUUUUUGAACUUAGCUUUGGUGUUACGUUCAUGGCGCUCGUGAUGCACAAAGAUUCAUCAUCAAAUAGUAACAAGCUGCAGCAGAUGGAUUCAAGCAAGUACGUAAGGUAUACACCGGAGCAGGUGGAGGCUUUAGAGAGGGUGUAUUCGGAGUGUCCAAAGCCUAGCUCCUUGAGAAGACAGCAGCUUAUUAGGGAGUGUCCUAUUCUCUCCAACAUUGAACCCAAACAGAUCAAAGUUUGGUUUCAGAACCGCAGAUGUCGAGAGAAGCAGAGGAAAGAAGCUUCUCGACUGCAGACAGUAAAUAGAAAGCUUAGUGCAAUGAAUAAGCUGUUGAUGGAAGAAAAUGACCGCUUACAGAAGCAGGUUUCUCAUUUGGUUUAUGAGAAUGGAUAUAUGCGACAGCAACUGCAAGCAUCUGGGACAACUACCGACAAUAGUUGUGAGUCUGUGGUUAUGAAUGGUCAGCACCAACAACAGCAAAACCCAACACCUCAGCAACCCCAAAGGGAUGCUAACAACCCAGCUGGUCUUCUUGCAAUAGCCGAGGAGACCCUGGCAGAGUUCCUUUCCAAGGCUACUGGAACUGCUGUCGACUGGGUCCAAAUGAUUGGGAUGAAGCCUGGUCCGGAUUCUAUUGGUAUCGUUGCUGUUUCCCGCAACUGUAGUGGGGUUGCAGCAAGAGUUUGUGGUCUCGUGAGCCUAGAGCCCACAAAGGUCGCUGAAAUUCUCAAAGAUCGUCCAUCAUGGUACCGCGACUGUCGUUGCAUAGAUGUAUUGAGUGUAAUCCCUACGGCAAAUGCUGGGACUAUUGAACUCAUAUACAUGCAGACAUAUGCACCUACAACAUUGGCAGCAGCGCGCGACUUCUGGACACUGAGAUAUACUACUAGCUUGGAAGAUGGCAGCCUUGUGAUAUGUGAGAGGUCAUUAACUUCUUCGACUGGUGGACCUACUGGUCCUCCCCCUUCAAGUUUUGUAAGAGCAGAAAUGCUACCUAGUGGCUUCCUAAUUCGGCCUUGUGAGGGUGGUGGCUCGAUAAUUCACAUCGUUGAUCAUAUUGAUUUAGAUGCUUGGAGCGUUCCUGAAGUUCUCAGGCCACUUUAUGAAUCAUCCAAAAUUCUUGCUCAGAAAAUGACUAUUGCAGCCCUGCAUCAUAUUCGGCAAAUUGCUCAAGAGACUAGUGGAGAAAUUCAGUGUGGUGGUAGUCGUCAACCUGCUGUCUUGAGGACAUUUAGCCAGAGGCUCUGCAGGGGAUUCAAUGAUGCAGUUAAUGGGUUUGCUGAUGAUGGAUGGUCACUUAUGGGUAGUGAUGGUGUGGAGGAUGUAACCAUUGUGAUUAAUUCGUCUCCAAACAAAUUUCUUGGCUCCCAACAUAAUACAUCAAUUUUUCCAACCUUCGGAGGAGUUUUGUGCGCCAAGGCAUCAAUGCUGCUUCAGAAUGUUCCUCCUGCUCUGCUGGUUCGGUUUCUGAGGGAGCAUCGAUCAGAGUGGGCUGACUAUGGGGUUGAUGCAUACUCUGCUGCAUGUCUUAAAGCCAGCCCUUAUGCUGUUCCAUGUGCAAGACCUGGUGGCUUCCCUGGUAGCCAGGUCAUUUUGCCUCUUGCACAUACGGUGGAGCAUGAAGAGUUUAUGGAGGUGGUUCGAUUGGAAGGCCAUGCUUUCUCACCGGAAGAUGUUGCUUUGGCACGAGAUAUGUACAUAUUACAGUUGUGCAGUGGUAUUGAUGAGAAUGCAGUCGGUGCCUGUGCUCAACUUGUCUUUGCGCCCAUUGACGAAUCGUUUGCUGAUGAAGCUCCAUUAUUGCCAUCUGGUUUUCGUGUCAUACCAUUGGAUCCAAAAUCAGAUGGACCUGCUGCUACUCGAACACUAGAUUUGGCCUCUACUCUUGAAGUAGGUCCUGGUAGUACCCGUCCAACUAGUGAAGCAAAUACAAAUAGUGACAAUCUUAGGUCGGUCCUGACUAUUGCCUUCCAAUUUACUUUUGAGAACCACUUGCGUGACAAUGUGGCGGCUAUGGCUCGCCAGUAUGUGCGUAGUGUUGUAGGGUCUGUUCAGAGGGUUGCUAUGGCUAUUGCUCCCUCCAGGCUCAGCUCCCAAAUGGGAUCAAAACUCCUUCCUCAUUCUCCUGAGGCUCUUACUCUGGCACAAUGGAUAUGUCGAAGCUACAGGAUCUAUACUGGGGGAGAGCUCGUCCAUGUUGACUCACAAUCUGGUGAUGCUGUUUUGAAGCAACUUUGGAACCAUUCGGAUGCAAUUAUGUGCUGCUCUGUGAAAACAAAUGCUUCUCCUUUAUUCACCUUUGCAAACCAGGCUGGACUUGACAUGCUUGAAACAACUCUUGUGGCCCUUCAAGAUAUCAUGCUUGACAAGAUUCUAGAUGAAGCUGGACGGAAGAUACUGUGUUCGGAGUUCUCAAAAAUCAUGCAACAGGGUUUUGCUUAUCUGCCAGCAGGUAUAUGCAUAUCCAGCAUGGGCAGGCCUGUGUCUUAUGAGCGGGCGGUUGCAUGGAAAGUUCUAAACGAUGAUGAUUCGCAUCAUUGCCUGGCUUUCGUGUUUGUAAACUGGUCUUUUGUGUGACGGUGAAGACCAAAUAAAACACUCGAAACCCUUUGGCCAUCAAUUAAGUUAUUAUGGUUGUUACAAGUACUGUAAGAGAAUUAUGGAAUCAAAUGUUGUAGAAAGCAGGAUUUCAUGGAGAAACUUACCUCUAUGCAUGUAUCUUAAAUUAAAUCGAUGCUGGAUUAAUGGGUAUUCUUGGAUGCUACAUGUUCGGCUUAUACUAGAAAUUAAUAUUUCAACCAAAUUAGAUGGU